CCUGUGCCCGGCACCAUGAAGCAGGAAUCCGCAGCCCAGAACACCGCGCCUGCCUCGCCGCCCGCGCAGCCUCCCCGGGACGACGGCGUCCCCCAAGCGCUGUGGAUUUUCGGUUAUGGCUCCCUGGUGUGGAGGCCCGACUUCGCCUACAGCGACAGCCGUGUGGGCUUUGUGCGCGGCUACAGCCGCCGGUUCUGGCAGGGAGACACCUUCCAUCGGGGCAGCGACAAGAUGCCUGGCCGUGUGGUGACUCUUCUUGAAGAUCAUGAGGGCUGCACUUGGGGCGUGGCAUACCAGGUGCGAGAUGAACAGGUGAGCGAGGCUCUGAAGUAUCUGAACGUGCGGGAAGCAGUGCUCGGUGGCUAUGAUACCAAGGAGGUGACCUUCUACCCUCAAGAUACCCCUGACCAACCACUCAAGGCAUUGGCCUAUGUAGCCACACCACAGAACCCUGGUUACUUAGGCCCUGCACCUGAGGAGGCCAUUGCUACACAGAUCCUGGCCUGCCGCGGCUUCUCAGGCCACAACCUUGAGUAUUUGCUGCGCUUGGCGGACUUCAUGCAGCUCUGUGGGCCUCAGGCACAGGACGAGCACCUGGCAGCCAUCGUGGAUGCUGUGGGCACUAUGCUGCCCUGCUUCUGCCCCACCGAGCAGACUUUGGCACUGGUCUGA